ACUCAGAUCUUGAUUUGAAUCUUCUUCUUCCCUUGAAUUAAGACUCAGAUUGAGAUUUACAAAAAGUGCUUAAUAUGGAAGAUUCACCAAAAACUUCCAACAAUGAAAAAGAAUUUUCAGAAGGGACUCAAACUCCAAGAACUAUUACACAAGUUACCCCAAAUGGUUCAACACUGUGGAUUCCUCAUUGUGAGUUUGAUAAAAAGCCAUUUGUUGGUAUGGCUUUUGAAAACUUAGAGAAAGCCUUAGAUUUUUAUGGUAAAUAUGCUGAAAUUUGCGGUUUUGAUAUACGUUCAUCUACUACCUACAAAAAAAAGGGUAUUGUUUUUUUAAAAUAUUUUGUUUGUAGUAGGGAGGGUAUCAUAAAACCUAAACCUAAGAAAAGUGCAGAUGUUGUUGCACGUUAUAAGAGAUCAACCAAAAGAAUUGGUUGUAAAGCUAGAUUGAUUUUGAAAUAUGACAUAGCGAAGAGAACAUACCAUGUUUUAAAAUUCGAAGAGGCGCACAAUCAUUGUCUAGUUAGCCCUACAUCGCGUCAAUUUUUAUUGGGUAAUAGGAAAAUGACUUUGUUGCACAAAAAUUUCAUAUCUAAGAAUGCACGGGUUAAUAUAGGACCGGUUAAAUCCUUUAGAUUGUUUAAGGAAAAUGUCGGGGGUUAUGAGAAUGUGGGAGUGACAAUGCAAGAUUUUAAGAAUUUCCAUAGGGAUUUGAAAACAUAUAUUAAAGGAGAUGAUGGGAAGAUGUUGAUCGAGAAUUUUAUCAGAAAAAGAGAUAUUUACACGGGGUUUUAUUUUGAUUAUGCUUUAGAUGAGGAGGACCACAUUUCACGUUUAUUUUGGGCCGAUGCGAUAAGUAGAAAGAAUUAUUGUUUAUUUGGAGAAAUGGUUACUUUUGAUUGUACUUAUAACACCAAUAAGUAUAGCAUGGUUUUAGCCCCUUUUACUGGUGUAGAUCAUCAUAAGUCUUGUAUUACAUUUGGUAUAGGUUUAUUAGCUAAGGAAGAUAGUGAAUCUUUUGAGUGGUUAUUUAGAACUUUUUUACAUUGUAUGGGGGAUUGUAUGCCAACAUAUUUGAUAACUGAUCAAGACCCUGCAAUGAAAAUUGCGAUUAAAAAUGUAUUUCCACACACAAUACACAAACUUUGCAUGUGGCACAUCAUGAGUAAAGUGACUGAUAAAGUUGGACCGGAAAUGAACAAAAAUGAAGAUUUUUUGAAAGAAUUAAAUGGGUGUGUGUGGAAUAUUGAUCAAGAAGAAAAUGAAUUUGAGGAAAAAUGGGAGGGAAUUAUGACCAAAUACAAUCUUCAAACAGAUAAAUGGUUUACUAGUAUAUUUAGUAUACGAGAUCAAUGGAUACCCGCAUAUUUUAGGGAUAUCCCAUUGGGGGGGAUUUUGAGAACUACAUCCCGAUCGGAAAGUGUUAAUAGUUUCUUCAACCAUUUUUCAAACCCUCACAUGACACUUGUUGAAUUUUAUAUGAGUUAUGAAAGUGCAAUGGAUGCACAGAGGUACAAACAAGAUAAGCUCAAUGCUGAAUCACUUCACACAAACCCACAAUAUAAAACACCAUUGCCGAUUGAAAAACAUGCCGGUGAAGUCUAUACUAGAAAAAUUUUUUUUCUUUUUCAAAAUGAAGUUUAUAAGUCUUGUUUCAAAACUUAUAUUCAAAAUAUUGAAAAGAUUGAAAGUGUGGAAAGUAUAACUGUUUUGGACUCAACGGUAAGUAAGAUGUACAAGGUGAAAUUUAUACUGGGAAGUUCGAUUGACGAGUUGAAGGUAGAUUGUGAUUGCAAGUUAUUUAAACGGAUAGGAAUAUUAUGUUCCCAUGCGAUUUGUGUUAUGAGUGCAAGACAAAUAACACAAAUACCAAAGCAAUAUGUUUUAGAUCGUUGGACGAAGCUAGCAUUAAAGAAGCCUAUUUUUGAUUUGCAUGGGAAUCUGAUUGAAGAGAGCAAAAAGUGUAACAACGUGGGGAAGUUGUUGGGGGAAGUUUGGUGUGAAAUAUUCAAUUGUGUAGGUUUAGCUCAACGGAGUGAGAGUGAUUUACAAUCACUUUUACAAAACCUAAAAGAUAUUAGUAGAAAAUUGGAGGAAAGUGAUGAUGUGAGGGUGGACAUUACUAAAGAACAACAAAUCGAAUUGUUAGUAGGCAUAAGUUCAUCUUCGACAAUGGAAAUACAAAACCCAAUCCAAUCAAAGAACAAAGGAAAAAGAAAAAUUGAUGCUGAAGAACAGAUAGAUGAAGAGAUUAUAUUAAGAUGA